CGGGGCGCUUUUCAUCAGCUUUUGGAUGGAGUGGGUGGAAUGGGGUCGGGACUCACAGAGACGUGUAGAAAUGGAGGACUUUUGGUCUGACGAAGAAGAUGUAUAUGAAGCGCAGAUGAAAUAUUGUUUUGGAUCAUGCCAGCCGAGGAAAAUCUUCCCCCACCACCAUCCUCCAAACAGAGUAGGUAUUAAAAAUGUGCCCAUUAGGGGCGCACCUCAUCGAGGACCCGGAUGCUACCUUCACGAAGAAAAGAAUAACUUGGCCUACAACCUUGCUAAGACCCCUACAAGUAAUAAGGGAUACAUCAUUGGAUCUAGGACGAGCCGUCGAUUUAAAUCAGACAGUAAGGAGCUGUUGCCCGCUCCAGUUUCAUAUGAUGUACAAAAUGUUAAGUCCCGUUGUAUUCUUCCUCCUUAUGCUCCAUUUAACUCCAUCUCAACUCGAUUUGAUGAGAGACCCACAGAGUCAUCAUAUUUCCCUGGCCCUGGAACCUACAAUCCACAGUACCACUUUUCCCGGAAAAUCGUCUGGCCAAUGAAAUUUGGGUCUCCAGAUUGGGAUCAAGUGCCAGUCCUAAAGAAAAGAACCCUAAAAACGGAGCUCAUAACAGACAGAGAGUUCAGGAUACAUCGGAAUCGUGUGGCCUAUCUAAGCCUGUAUUACAGCUGAAAGAUCCUUCUGACAUCUUAUUCAUUCCCUUAAUCCCAGCUAGCCUUAAGCCAUGAAGCAAGAUACCCCGUUACCCUCUUGUCCGCCAGGGUUCAGCCCAAGGCAGGGAGUGGUUCGUUUUAUGUUGUAAAAUAUGUUCUAAGUAUA